AUGGAGCAUUAUGACGAUGGCUUUAUUGAGGAGCAGGAGGAGCAAGAGGAAGAGAGAAAUGAAGAGAAGAUUAUCAACGAAGAGUAUAAAACAUGGAAGAAGAAUGCGCCUUUUCUCUACGACAUGAUCCUGAGUACUGCUCUCGAAUGGCCUACCCUUACCACUCAAUGGCUUCCCGAUAAACAAGAGGUCCCCGACAAGCCUUACUCGACACAUCGCCUACUGCUCGGCACACAUACAUCCAAUGACGCCCCAAACUAUUUGCAAAUCGCACAUGUGCAACUACCCAACCCAAAUUAUCCUGAAUCAGAAGAUUACGAUGAGGAACGCGGCGAGAUCGGAGGUUACGGUGGUGGAUCAAAAAAGAGCGCGGUGGAAAUCAAAUUCAAUAUUGUCCAGAAAAUCGACCACAAGGGCGAGGUCAACAAAGCGAGAUAUCAACCACAGAACCCCAACAUCAUUGCUACGAUGUGUACAGACGGUAGAGUCAUGAUCUGGGAUCGGUCUAAACACCCUAGCAUUCCCACUGGAACGGUCAACCCCCAGUUGGAGCUGUUAGGACAUACAAAGGAAGGUUUCGGACUAAGCUGGAGUCCUCAUGCUGAGGGAAAACUGGUGACUGGAAGUGAAGAUAAGACGGUGCGACUCUGGGAUAUAGAAACAUACACCAAAGGCAACAAAGCCAUCAGACCUACCAGGACUUAUACGCAUCACUCUUCCAUUGUGAACGACGUCCAAUACCACCCGCUCCACGCAUCGCUGAUCGGUACGGUGUCGGACGACAUUACCCUUCAGAUCAUCGAUAUUCGAGAUUCCGACACAACCAGAGCUGCCGCUGUUGCAGAGGGACAGCACCGGGAUGCCAUCAAUGCGAUCGCAUUCAAUCCCGCUGCCGAAACCGUCUUGGCUACAGGAUCUGCAGACAAGUCCAUAGGAUUGUUCGAUCUUCGCAACUUGAAAUCCAAACUGCAUGCGCUUGAAUGCCAUACCGAGUCCGUCACCUCUGUAUCUUGGCAUCCGUUUGAGGAGUCAGUGUUGGCUAGUGCAAGCUAUGAUCGCAAGAUUUUGUUCUGGGAUUUGAGCAGGGCUGGCGAAGAACAGACGCCCGAAGAUGCUCAAGACGGCCCACCUGAGUUGUUGUUCAUGCACGGUGGCCAUACCAACCGCAUCUCCGACUUUAGCUGGAAUUUGAGUGAUCCAUGGGUGCUUUGUUCAGCAGCAGAAGAUAACUUGCUGCAAGUGUGGAAAGUCUCAGACGCGAUUGUAGGCAAGGAUCUCGGUGAUGUGCCGACGGAAGAGCUGGAGGCGUGA